AUGGGUCUUCCCCAACCGAGGCUUCCUCCACCAGCUCUGCCGGCUGGACCAGCAGCUGCGGGGUGCAGGCCGGAGCUGAGGGGCCAGAACUGGUCCUUACUCCCUGCCACAGGGCUCUGCCACUUUGCCACCCUGGCGCGGGCCCUGCUGGUGCUGCUGGAGGCUCUGGCCCAGGUGGGUACCCAGAAGAUGGUAAGAGACCAGUGUGCGGUCCGCCCUAGAGCCUGCAACUCCAUGCGCUUCCUCCUGCUGCCGGCACCCCCUCUCAGCCACUGUCUCCAGUUCUCACAGAAACAGCAUCAAGCGUGCAGAGACAGGCGGCUGGAAGCCGGGAGCAAAAAGUGCCCGUCAGAGAAGACCUCAGCCUGGGCCAGAUACCCCCACAGGAUGGACUCACUGCAGAAACAGGACCUCCGGAGGCCCAAGAUCCACAGGGCAGUCCGGGUGCCCCCCUACCAGCCACCCACGCUGGCCUCACUGCAGCGCUUGCUGUGGGUCCGUCGGGCUGCUGUGCUGAGCCACAUCAACGAAGUCUGGCCCAACCUCUUCCUGGGAGAUGCGUACGCAGCCCGGGACAAGAACAACCUGACCCAGCUGGGUAUCACCCACAUCGUGAAUGUCGCCGCAGGCAAGUUUCAGGUGGACACAGGUGCCAAGUUCUACCGUGGAAUGCCCUUGGAGUACUAUGGCAUUGAGGCUGAUGACAACCCCUUCUUCGACCUCAGUGUCUAUUUUCUGCCCGUUGCUCGAUACAUCCAAAGUGCCCUCAGCAUUCCCCAAGGCCGCGUGCUGGUACACUGUGCUAUGGGGGUGAGCCGCUCUGCCACGGUUGUCCUGGCCUUCCUCAUGAUCUGCAAGAACAUGACGCUGGUGGAGGCCAUCCAGACAGUGCAGGCGCACCGGGAUAUCUGCCCCAACUCAGGCUUCCUCCGGCAGCUCCAGGUUCUGGACAACCGACUGGGGCAGGAGACGGGGCAGCUGUGA